AUGCAUUUCUUAAUAUUAUUAUUUGAGGCCACGUUUGAUGAAUGCAUGGAUAUAUAUUUGGAAUUUAAUGAUGAAAUUACAAAAAAAAUUAAUAGUUUUGGUGUAAUUUCAUGUAUAGAUGAUUCUAAAAAAUGUGAUGAAAUUAAUCAAAAUGUAAAUGAAAAAAAUUAUAAGUUAAAGGAUUGUUAUGAGAAGGUUAAUAUACCAUUUCAUUUAAGUAAAGAUGACACAAUAGCGAAAUUUAUUAAUACAUGUUCAAGUCUACCAAAGUGCAGUACGAACACUGUGACACCUGUUGAUAGUACAGCUGAAUUAAAAUUAGAAGGAACAUCUUUCAAAGAAAAGCAUCAAGAACCAAGUGGUGUAGAAGAAUUAGUUCAACGACAAAUAGGUUCGUCAGACCCACGAGUCGGAGAACUUCGCACGAAAAGUAUUGAAAAUCAAGUUGAAGCAUCUGAACAAAUAGAAAGAAUUCAGUCUAGUAAUCAUGCACAUAUAGAGGCACCAAAAGGGUCAUUACCUGUGCUAGCUGUUCCAUCAAAUAAAGAUUUAGAUGGAAAUGGUAGUUCUCAGCAUUUAAAAACAACCUUUAUUCAUGAAUAUAAUUUAGAUAAUACAUUACAAGAGAGCGAUUUAGAUAAAAGUUCUUUUAAUGGUAAUAUAUCUGAUACUAAUGCUGGUAGUGAUAAAACUGAUAAAAACGAAGAGAAUAAUGGUCAAACUUUUACUAGAGAGACUCAUGAUGCUGCACUUCCUGCUUCUAAAGAACAAAAUGUUUCAGAUGUUGCUCAAAGAACACUUGACAGUGUAGGAACUAAUAGUGUACACCCUAGUUCUGACGGUACUGUUGUUUUAGGUCCUAAUAGUGAAGGAAGUAGUGUCUUAGGUUCUGCUGAUACAAUUAUUGAAAGUGCUUAUACCUACAGUGAGCAAAAUAGUGAUACACAUUCUACUGAGUUAACUUCAGCUGAUGUUACUUCUCCAAAUGAGGAUUUUGGAGAUAAACUUUCUGAUGCCUUGGCACCUAAGAUUGUUCCACCUACUACCAUUUGUGCUACAUCUCCAUGUACUGAUGAUUCACGCACUAACAUUGAUGUUACUGGAUACACGAAGUUUCAUGGUGGUCAUUCUGAUAGUAAAUUAUCAUCGAUAACAUCUUGUAAUAAUGAUAUUCGUGCUUGUGCAGCUUCUAUUGGAAAUCAUGAAGGUGCUGUUUUUCAAAAUUUAGAGCUUUCUCAAGAAUUAAUUCAUAUUAAAGACGUGUUAAAUGAAGGAAGUCCAAUAAGCAAGGAAAAUAAACUGGAACAUGACACUCAUUUAUGCAUUAGGAGAACUUACACUCCUUUUGGGAAGAUUUUUGCUAAGAGAAAAAGGAAAAAGAGGAAACAGAUGAAUAAAAAAUUACAAAGAAUUCUAAUAGGACCUUCGUUUGGAAAAGAAAGACGCAUACAAUUCGCAUAUAGCUAUUUUGAAUACUAA